AUGAAGUUCACCAAAGCAUGGGAUAAGACGAAGAAUUAUUUAGGAGAUCUUUACGAUAUCCUAGAUGACAAAGUUCGAAUCUUCUUACAACUAUGCCGAUUGACAGAGAUCCAGUUGAGUCAAUGCUGGGCUGUCUUUCCCGAGAUGCUUUCUGGCAGAGCAGAAACUUAUUACAUGCACCACGUCAAUCCUGAUGCAUCAUUUGCACAGAUGUAUUGGGCAAUAAAGAGCUACUUUGACACGGAGUCAAAUCACGCUCUCUACUACCAGGAUUGGACGUCAAUCACCCUGGUCGACGUGCGUUGUGAGAACACAGGGAAGACACUGCCAGAAGCAGUAGAAAUCUUAGUAGAAAAACUGCAUCUAUGCCAAUGUGCAUUGGGACCAUAUUAUAUAUCCCCUGAACAUCUUGUAUCAGCCAUCAUAAGAGCAUGUCAAGGAUCACCAGAAAUGAGCGAGGUCCUUAGUGAAUCAACAAUAAAGUUUGAAACACUGGUAUCACGACUUCGUGCAAAAGCUGCUAUUAUGCAAAAGAAGGAAGCAGCUAGAAGUACGUUGGAAAAACCAGUUGAGGGAAUCGCCCGCCACCUUAGAGAUCAUGGCGAUGCUAAAACUGUCAAGAUAAUGGCUCUCAACAACAAAGUGACGGCCAAUGUUGGGUAUCGCCACGCUAAGGGCAAAGCCAAUGUCUCGGACAAGACAUAUCGCGCGUUUCUAAUGGACUUCGAAGCCAGUUAUAAUAUCACAUCGGACAGCGAGGAUGAGAAAGAAACCAAUAAUAAUGACGAGGAUGAAGCAACAGUGUACUUUAUGGUUGGAUAA